GAGACGAUCCGAGGCCUGCCGAAGCGCUCGCGUGACGUCAUGCUGGAGCAGAAGAGAUAAGAGACGGUCGUAGGAAGGGAGUUCUGUUUCCUGGUGUGUCUCUCGGAGCUGCGAAAGAUUGUCCGCGCGUCUCGUCAGCCUCGCGUAUCGUCGAAAUGUCGUACGCGUACCUGUUCAAGUAUAUCAUUAUCGGAGACACAGGAGUUGGAAAGUCCUGUCUUCUUCUUCAGUUUACGGAUAAGAGAUUUCAGCCAGUCCAUGACUUGACAAUAGGAGUCGAGUUUGGCGCUCGUAUGAUUACCAUUGAUAGCAAGCAAAUUAAACUGCAAAUUUGGGACACUGCAGGCCAAGAGGCAUUUCGUUCAAUAACAAGGUCAUAUUACCGUGGAGCGGCUGGAGCCCUAUUGGUAUAUGACAUUACACGUAGGGAAACUUUUAAUCAUCUUACGACAUGGCUGGAAGAUGCAAGGCAACAUUCAAAUUCCAAUAUGGUUAUCAUGUUAAUUGGCAACAAAAGUGAUCUAGAUAGCCGAAGAGAGGUGAGAAGAGAAGAAGGCGAGGCUUUUGCGCGAGAGCAUGGGCUUGUCUUUAUGGAGACCAGUGCUAAGACUGCGGCUAAUGUAGAAGAAGCGUUCAUCAAUACGGCAAAAGAAAUAUAUGAAAAAAUACAAGAGGGAGUCUUUGACAUUAACAAUGAGGCAAAUGGUAUUAAGAUUGGACCACAGCAUUCGCCAACAAGUCCUGGAGGUUUAGCAGGAACUGGUGGGCAAGGUAGUGCGCAGGGUGGUGGGUGCUGCUAGGGGCUGGGGCUUACCUGUCCACCGCUUCAUCCUUCUCCGAUCUGAAUUGACCGUACUCCUGCUCUUCAUUUUAAUCUGUACACAUUUACUUUGUACAACUUAAUUUUGCGCAUGUCGCGUCAUGAGGUAACAAGUGACAAUUGGUGUAUUUAUUAGUUAAAAUAAUCUUAUACACGUAUUAAAUAGGAUUAUUGUAAGACGAAAAUGUUAUACAUCACCAAAAACAUGAAGCAUUAAUAAAGUCUUUAUUUACAAAUUAAACUUGCAAAGAUAUGAAUCAAGUUACGUCAUUUUUCAAUAGAUUUCUGGUGAAUAUAUUUAAUUCUAAAGCAAACAGACGUACUUUCCACAACUUAAUAUACAAUCAUUUAUAUAAUCAUUAUAUAUAUAACGAUUUUCGUUCUUGCACAUCACGUAAUAGUUUUACUUUCUAUACAAAAUAUGAGAUAUUAUUUUAACUGGUAUCUGUAAUGUUCCAUUAAUUUUUAUAUAGAAACUUUUACAUUUAUUUAAGUAUACAUAAUAUAAUUUAACUUUAAUUACAUUGUAAAGUUUGGCUAAAGGCUUGUCUCCCACUUUAUGCAGCAUGAUGUGAAAUAAUUGUAUCAAGUAAUGUAUUAAUAAUCGGGAGUGAUAAAGCGGGAGAGGACAGACACUUCGCGCGAUUUAAUGUUUUAUAUUCGUUUACUAUGUAUUGUGUACUGUAAUGUAAUGUGCACUAAUGAUCAAAAUUCCAUCGGUAGUGGCUCAUGGACGCUGAUGUACCAGUUAAAUUGAUUUGACGUGAUUUAUACCUAAUUACCUAAAAUAUUAUAUAUAUGUAUGUAUUGAUGUAUAAGAUGAUGAUUAUAUAAAACAUAUUAAUCAAUGCCAUCUAAAGGCCUAUAUUUAACCAGAUUUAUAUUAUAUUCUACAUAAUAAUUACCAAAAGAUCUCUUAUUGCAUAUAUUGAUUAUUGGUAUCAUUAUUUAUGGUCUUUUUUGGAAGAUGAAGACAUUAUUAGUGCUAUAAACAAAUCAAAAAGGUACAUUUUUACACACAAUUUAUAUUAUAGUAAUUAAAGAGUUUACUAAUAUUUAAUACAUUGCGCAAGAGUUAUACAUUUAAGUUGUUUAAGACCAUAAAUAAAGAUAUCAAUACAAAUGUGACAGUGAUAAUUUUACCUGUACUUUAUCAAGAUCCAAAAAUAAUUCCACUGUAAUAUUCUUAUUUUUAUUUUACAAAAAUAAAUUAUAAAUAUUUUAAAAUCUCAGAGACAUGAGGCACAAAUAUUUUAAUGAUAAAAUACGGAUAGGCUUUAAUAGUGCACGUUAUUAUAUUUAUUGAAAAAUUUAAUAGCAAGAAAAAAAUUAUGCAUUAAUAGUAAUAUUUCUCUAUGAAAUUAUGACGAGACGCAUCUAUAAGCAUAUUAUAUAUCUAAUUAGUACAAAUUGACUUCUCUGAGCAUUAUUAUAAUCAAAUGUUUAUAUCUUAAAUUAUGAGCUUAUAUCUAAUUGUUAUGCCAAAGAAUGUGUUAACAAUGUAUAUCUCUUUUGCGCUUGUACACUGUAAUAAUGAAAUAAUGUACAUUGGUUACAGGAAAUUACAUUCAAUACAUUUGAUUUAGUAUAAUCUAGCGAUUAUUCUACACACAGUCAAAACUAAUUGACGGCUUGUGAUGUAUUUUGUAUGUAUGCUUCGGGCAUAUCUUUUCAAUUGGAAAAUAUAUAUGUGCACAUUACUUAUUGUCUCUGAUCCUAGGAUACGGCAUGUAACGCAAUUUUAGUUACCUUUUUUUUAGGAAUAUGCGAUACAGUUAAAUCAAACAGCGUGAUUAUGUUAUAAAAAAAUUUGACUAAAAGUUACAAACCAAAGGUCAAAUGUAAAUGAUUUAAUUGAAAUUUGUAGUGUUUAACUUUACUACAUUCAGCAAUCGUGCAGAUUUUAUAGCGUAAUUUUUGUUAUUCGUGUGACAGUAUAAAUUUGCAACUUGCAGAUAAAUGUAUGUACUUGCACUAAGUACUUAUAAAAGUCACUUAUACUAAACAUUUUUAAUUUAAUAAAUUUCCACAAAUUAUCUAAA